ACCAAUGAUUGUUCAACAGUUCAUACAUGUUUACCUAGUAAUAAAACAUUUCUGAAGAUGACCCCAAUGAGGGUCGAAACGUAAAAGAUUACGUAAAACGUAAACGCACUGAAAACUGAUGAUUAAAACCAGCCGCUAGUGGCGCUAGACAUAUCAAACGAAGUAGCCAAUCACAGUGCAGAAAGUAUCCUCAAGGAAGCUCGAGACCUCCCUUGAAAUAAGGAGACCAAUAAGGCUCCUUGUACUGUAAAGGAAGGUCUAUGAAACGCGAAACGAGGAACAAGGGAUCCUUAUUCCUCAAGGAACGACUAUGAAUACGGCUAUUUGUGUAGCGUCACAUGGCAGCGCCUGUAGUGUCUAUACACAAUACAUGUUUUCAUCAUGGCAGCAAAGGACGCAACUUGUAGCAAACAACAUUUUAUAGAGGCGGAAAAAAUAUUAUUAGUGCAGUUGGUGAACAAACAUAGAAAUAUUCUUGAAAAUAAAAAAACUGGUGCUGUAAAUAUGAAAGAAAAAAACGAUGCGCGGGUUCGGAUAGCGCAUUCUUUUAAUAGUCAAGGGCUCGGCAUACGCACGGAAAAACAACUAAGGAAACUAUAGGAAAAUUUAAAACAAAAGUAAUUAUACAGAUACGUUUUUUGCCUUGCAUGACUAUUCUUUCUGAAUGUUUUUGAUGUGUUUAAAACUAUUGACUCUACUAUAUAAUUUUUUAUCGUAUCAUAAGAAAACACAAUUUUUUUCAGGAAAAGACGACAAACGACCGAAUUCAGAAGAGAAAGAUUACUCACAGGAGGCGGUCCUCCUGUACCUGAAUUAUGUGAUCCCAUUUUAAAAUUAGUAAAUGAAGCAGCACCACAUGCAGAUGUGGAAUUACCCUGCACCUGGGAUAGCACAGCUGCAUACGUAAAUAAAGGUAAUUACAAAAUAAAAAUAUAUGAAAGAUGCGAAUAAUACCUGUCUGCUCAUGAAUGAUUCUUGCAAUGAUUAUUUGUUUGCAGAUAAUAAUCAGGACAAAGAAGAGGACAUAGAUUAUGAAUUAGAAUAUUUGGACGGUUGCUUCGAGGAAUCGUUGAUCACACCACAUGUAACAAAAUCUAAACGAUGUCUUAGUCCUGAGGCUACUAUUGUGAACACUCCUAGUGAAAAAGUUAUGCCGUCAAUACCUUCGUUCACUUGCAAGAGGAGGUAUUGUACCAGAAAAGAUGACGAGGAGAAACAAUUACGCAUACAAAAGGCAAAACAGGCACUAGAGCAACAAAGGGAAUUGCAUCAACUUAGAAUAAGGACUGCAGAAACAGAAGCUAAUUUAGCUGAAAUUAAAUUAGAACAGGCAAUGAUGGAAUUUCAGGCAGCAACAGGAGAAAAAUGUACUUCUUAAUAAAUUAGAUAUAAAUAUAAUUUUAAUGGUAAAUG